UACCAAUAUAUAUGUAUCAUCAUCAUCAUCAUCAUCAUCAUCAUUUAGCAUCCGUUUUUCCGUGUUGGUAUGAGUUAGACGAUUUGACUGGAACUGGUAAGCUGGAAAAUUGCAUCAGGCUCCAGUCAGAUUUAGCUUGGUUUCUACGGCUGGAUGCCCUUCCUAACGCCAACUACUCCAUAGAGUGUGUAACGGUACCUGUAAUGGUAGUUGUAACGAUAUGCAAUGGCUGUCGUCACAUCAGAAGGAAGUAAUUCUUUCAAGUCAGGGGUGACCAGUUGUAAUGGUAUUGUUAUUCGUUGUAGUUGAGGGUUGCCAUUUGUAACGGUAUGUGUAAGGCGGAGUCAGCUGUAACGGUAAAUGUAUAUGUGUGUUUGUGUGUGUGUGUGUUUCUCUCUCUCUCUCUCUCUGAAGUAGAUGGUCAUAGAUAGUCAUGGUCUUACUCGUCUUUACUAACUAUACUGCUAUACCAGAGUGGGUAUUAUAAUAGUCUGAUGGAAGGUUACAACAGCGGCAAUGAGGAAUUAACAAACUCACGUGGAAUUAACAAAUUCAUGAGGAAUUAACUAACUCACAAGGAGUUACGAAACUCACAAAAGUUUUUUGUAAAUUUUACAGUACAUUAAAUCAUAAAAUUAUGGAAGAUUUGUUGGCCAGUUUGCUUGAGUUGCGAAAUUAGCAACAACAGCAGUUGAGGCGUACUAUAGAAGAUAUGAACAGAUCUACAAUAAAGAGUGCAAAGAUUAGGAUGAUGAUAUGAAAAUGUGUUCAAUCUUAAGGAAACUGGCAGCAGGUGAACAUGGGCAUUACAGCAAUUAUGUACUCUCAAAAAAACUUUGAUAUAAACUCUAAAAAUACAAUAGACAUAUUGUGUAAAAUUUUUAGCAAGGAAAACUUGUUGUUCAAUACAAGCUGGAAAUGUUUGAACCUAGAAAAGAACAACGAGGACUACAUCACAUAUGCUGGUAGAGUUUACAGAAUGUGAAAAAUUCAAACUGGAUGAAUUAACACCAGAUAUGUUCAAUUGCUUGAUAUUUACUCAGAGACUAAUUGCAGAGAAAGAUGCAGAAGUAAGAACUAGAAUUCUUGCUAAGCUGGAAAAAAACCAAGCUGUAACCUUACAAGUGUCAGAAAAGCGUGAAAGAAUAGUAAAUUUAGGACAUGACACAGAGAAAAUUGAACAUAAAGAUUGCUCCCAAGUGAAACAGGUGCGAAACAGGCAGAAUAGAAAUCAAGUGUGUACUAAAAUACAGUACAAAACAGGUCAAAAUCAGGAAACAAACCCAUGUUAUGCAUAUGGAGGUCUACACCUGAGAAAAAAAUGCCAAUUUAAGAAAGUGGAAUGUUUCCAUUGUGGAAAAAUUAGACACUUAAAAGUGCACUGCAAAACCAAGAUAACAAAAUGUUAGGACAAGGAAGAAAGAAUAAACAACAUUUUGUCGAAAGAAAAUGGUAAUAUAACAAAGGAAAUUUGUAAAUGCGAAAAUUAAAAAUAUAAGAGUAAAAAUGCAGUUAGACACUGGAAGUGAUAUUACCAUUGUAAAUAAAGAAACUUGGAAGUAUAUCGGUUCAAGGGACAAAUGACUGCAGCAUUGUCAGCAAAUCUUCUAUGGUUAAAUAUGGCUAUUUUCAAGAUCAGUUUUUAUCAUAUUUUGUUGCAAAGGAAUCAAGAAGAUCCCCACUGAUUCAUCGAGGAUACUACAUCAGAUCAUAUGCCAUUGACUAUUUUUUAAAAUUGUUCCUUAAAGCAUCAAAUGAAAUAUCUGAAAAGAGACAGAUCAUUUCUCUUGGUGCUGGGUUUGAUACUGCUUAUUUCCGGCUCAAAUCUCAAGGACUCUUGGAGAACUGUGUCUUUUAUGAGGUGGACUUUUUGGAUGUUGUCAAAAGAAAAGCUAGUUCAAUAAGACAAACUAAAGAAUUAAACGAACUACUAAUAGAAGACUUUGAUGAUAAAAUUCACUCACCUGAAUUGUCUUUGGUUGAAAUAUAUUCCAAGGAUUAUGUGUUGAUUGGUGUCGAUUUAACCCAGAUUAAGCAGUUGGACGAUGUUCUACGUCAGUGCCAUAUAAACCAUACAUGCUGUACAUUGAUACUUUCUGAAUGUGUCCUCACCUACUUACCACCAUCUUAUUCACAAGCUGUGAUAAAAUGGGCUGUGGAAUGUUUUUCUAAUGCUGUUUUUAUUGAUUAUGAACAGAUAAACCCUGAUACUGCAUUUGGACAUUUCAUGCAGAACCAUUUUAAGAAGACUGGAUCAACUUUGAAAUGUAUUAAUACUUUUCCUAGCUUGCAAUCACAAGCAGAGAGAUUUUUUAGACUGGGUUGGGAAGUGUAUAAAUGCUGGGAUAUGAACGAUAUCUUCUUUAAUCUGGUUCCAAUGAUUGAGAAAGAAGACAUUGAACGAAAAGAGUUAUUUGAUGAAUUUGAAGGAUGGCAUUUAGUUUGCAGUCACUACACAAUUAUUUGGGCCAGUAUUGGUUCUCCAAAUAGCUAUUGUCUUGAAGUUCAAAAAAAAAUUGAUACUGUAUACCGAAGUACUACAAUUGCAACAAAACAGACCCAGAUUAAUGAAAGAACUAUACAAUUGUUGAAUUCAUCAGAGACAAUUAUGAGAUUUGGACAUUCAUGUGCUGUAAUUCCUUCAGGGUUGUUAGUCAUAUAUGGAGGAUUUGGAAUGGAAAAUUCACAUCAUCAGCGAUUGUCUAAUAUUUCAAUAGUUGAACUGAAAUCUUGGGAAAUGGUGAAGAUUUCAACAUCAAAAUUUGAAAAACAAACAGAAGUGGCUCGUAUGUAUCACACAAGUAUUGUCUUAUCUCAUAACACAAUUUUCUUAUUUGGUGGAAGAACCUCUCCUCGCAAAGCAUGCCAAGAUGCCAUUUUAAUAAAACUUGAAGGACUAACACAUAACUCCAGUGAUCUUGGUUCUACAACUGCUACUCAUGAUGAAGAUGAGCAAAUAUUGGAUCCCCUGAAAUUUGAUUUAAGAUCAAGUUCUUAUAAUGUGACAUUUAAGAAAGUAAAAAUGUAUGGAGAACAACCUUGUGCAAGAUGGCGGCAUACAGCUACAGUAUUCCAGAAAAAUGGUCAUCCACAGAUGAUUGUAUAUGGAGGACGAACAGAACAACAUAAUUCCCUUGACGAUUGUUAUAUUUUAGAUUUAAAUUCAUGGCAUUGGUCUAAGGUUGAUCCAUGUGGUAGUAAGCUAAUGGGGCUACACAGUCAUACCAGUUGCUUAUGGAAGAACAGGUGGCUGGUAUUAGCUGGUGGACUUACAGAACAAUUGAUACCCUCCAAAGAUAUAUAUCUACUUGAUUUAUAUACAUUUCAAUGGAAGGCUCUAGAUGUUUCUGGUGUUUUAUAUCCACGAUAUUCUCAUACAGCUCAUGUUAUUGAUGAUAACCUCUUUCUUAUUGGUGGUGUAAAUCUGGAACAUUUCUCACCAGGGAUUGCUGUUAUUAAUCUUCAAUCUGGAGAGUCACAAGAAUUUGCUUUAACGGUUCAGAGUGAAACUGGUGAAAUAAUCAUGUUACAUGGACAUCAGUCUGAAAUAUUGAAUGAUGAACAUUUAUUAAUUGUGGGUGGAGGGUGUAAUUGUUUCUCUUUUGGAACACAUUUAAAUAAAUCUAUGUUUUUAAUAGAUUUGAAAUAUUUUCAAAUUAAUUGUAAUAGUUGAAUAAAAUUUUUUAUGAUCAUUUUCA